CGAAAAUGAAGCUUUCACGAGUGCAUUUUGUUUUAAUCGUCUUGAAUAUUUCUCUGCUUGUCUAUUCAGGCAUGGUAACAGGAACGAUACUGUCUAAACCCGAAAUAGUUAACGUGGAAAGCGCAUGCGGGGAAAAUGAAGUUUUUAGUCAAUGCCAGGCAGAUCCAAAUUGCGAGAAGAAUUGCGAUAAUAUCGAUAUCUGGGAGUCUGUACCUUGCAUCCAGACGAAAAGUUGCUUGAGUGGUUGCAUCUGCGAAGUGGGAUACGUACGUGACAAGACUCGGGGCAUUUGCAUUCUGGAAAACAGUUGCCCCAGGGUUAGGCAUUAA